UUCGUUUCAGUUUAAACGCUGAUUGCACGACGCGCAACGCGUCAGUCUCAACGCAAACUCGACGAAAAUCGCAACUCAUAAUCGUAACGAACCAAGCGCGCUAGUCACUAACGCGUCGGCGGCGAAUGUUCAAAGAAAACACAAAAAAAUAGUAAAAUAGAAAGAAACUUUUACUUAAGUUUUUUCUCUAAGUGAACGCACUAGAACUUAAGCGAAGCAAACGUUGAUUAAGCUAAAUCUUUCAGAUGUCUUGAAAGUGUAUUUUUAAUUUUGCCCCUAAGCAAAUGUUUUAAAUAACAUAAUGUCGACUCGAACCACGACGACACAUGCCUGUCCAACAACGACCACGCCCACAUAUCUUACCCCUUCACCCCACAACAUUAUGCACACACACUUAGCAACAACAGCGGCAAUGUCAAAUUUAAGUACGAGUAAUGUAAAUGAUAACCGCCCAACAACAACAACAAACACCACCCGACCACACACGACCCUCCUUAAUACGAUGUACACACAAGCGGAGAGCAUCAGUUGGCGUUUGCGCCAGUACUGCAUAGAGGCCAUAACAGCGAAUAGUAGACGAAGAAGAAGAAGGCGUGAUGAUAAUAACAAUAACAACAACAACACCAAUUACAGCAAUAGCAACUAUACAACGAAUUGCAGUAGCAGUAAUUGCAUACAAAGCAACAACAACAAUAAUAAUAAUAUUUACAACAACAAUUACGCAUAUAGCACACCUUCGCAUGCGGCGCUACCUGACGCUGAUUAUUAUGAUCAUAACAACAACAAUAACAACAGCUAUAUGGGUAACAAUAACAAUGAUAUUACUAGCAGCAACAAUAAUAGAAACUUAAGUAAAACAACAACAACAACAAUGCUAAGUUCCCCCGCAAUACAAGUGUACAAUGUGAUUGCGCAAAGCUUAAGUAGUUCUUCCACGGCGUUCCCCUAUAUCACGGCUUUGCUGCUGCUCGCCACGCUAUGUUCCUUCUGCGCUGCCUCACCCUGCGACCGGAACAGCUGGUGGGACCCACUAAAGGACAAAUGUAUUCCGUGUACUGUGUGCGAGGACGGGCUGAUACCAUUGCGUCCGUGUCAAUUUCAAUGUGACACGAUAUGCGGUUCCAUCUACGAUCUGAAGAUCGAUUGGUUGGUGCUGGCGAAAACGGAGCCCAAUUGGAAGGAGCGCCGAAAGGAUGAGGACAACUACGAUUUGGAGCAGCAGUUGACACACGAGGAAUUACAGCAAUUGCAGGACGGCUCAAUGCCGAUGGAUUGGCAGACAAUGGCGCUUUUUAUGGCCGUAUUGGCGUGCUUAAUCUUCUUCAUCAUAGCCGCUGGCAUUUUGGUGCAUCAUAUGCGGCAAUGGCGGCGUAUGGAGCGUCGUCUCGAUCAAGAUGUUGAAGAAUUAUCUACAAAAUUAAUGGCGAAGUUGGCUGAAGUGCAGAGUAUGGAGGGUGGCACAUUCUUUAUUGGCAAUGCCGAUGCAUUGGGUGUAUCAACGAAUUUCCAGCCGCAACAUGUGCUAUUACCGGAAAAACCGGCAAAACAUCAUGAACGGCGUAUCUUAAAGACAUUACAACCCGGUAAUGUUUAUAUUGAGGAAAAUGGCUCAAAAGGCUGAGGCAGACACGUUGCAACUACAAGUUCUUGCAACAAUGUGGCGAACGUUAACAUUUAGCAUUGGAAAUAUGAAAAUGAAGUCAACGCAAUCACUUUUUUAGUGGGACGAAAUAUUCAAAUAACGUAAUUAUAUGUUGAGUGAAAGUAACUACGUAAAUACUACUUAAUUAAAAUGAAAACAAAACGAUGUUUAACAAGUAAUUAAAGCAACAAACAAACCGUAAAAAAUGUGACUUUAACUACUUAUCUAGACGCUAUAAAUGGAAGUAUAAUUUGGUAUGCGCUAUAAAAAUCCAUAAAAAUUAAAAGAAAAUGGAAUGGAAAAUAUAAAAAUAAUAAAAAUAAAGUCAUUAUAAUUUCCGCUAUUUUUUAUAUUUUAAUGUACAAGCAUUCGUAUAUAAUCAUAGUGCGUAGCAUUCGUACAAUACCCUGUGAGAAAUUUUGAGCAUAACGGGAAUAUAUAUCCACGUGGCCAGGCACCAAAACUAAACUAAUUCUAAAGUAACUUGAUCAUAGAGAUAAGGAGUCUAGACAACCCUUAACCAACCAGUUUUCAGCAUACAGUCAGCGAACUCAAGGCUUAUAUCAGUGCCCUACUAACAGAGUGGCUAGUCACCAUUCUGAAGAAGGCUACACUCUGUGCUAGCAGAUCUACUGCUACCUUUACGCCAGCAACCUCCGCUUGGAAGACGCUGCAGUGGUCAGGAAGCCUAAAACUUGAGUUGAUCUUAACAGAAAAAAUUAGCUGGGGGAAAAAUAUAUGUGUUUCCCACGUUUGAAGCAACUUUUUGAUUAAAAAUUUAAGCAAAAAUUAGCUUAAAAAAAUUUCAGUGAAAAGCAAAUAACCUAAAGCACAGCGUUGUAUUUCACAUUUCUUAAUUCGUUUCUCGCAGGGUAUGCUUGUAUAACAGCAACUAUGUACGUGUACAUACACAAUUCAGGUGUGAACAUAAAAUUUGAUGGCUUAUAUAACGGAACUAUGUACUCGUUUAUUCAUAAAAGUAGCGAACACAUGUACAUAUGUAUGUAUGUACUAGGCGUGGUAUAUUUGUUGUUAACAUAUUUCGCUCUUCUAAUAUUUACCCAUAUUCUUUGUUGUUGACUUGUUGUAAAAAUAUUAUUGUGUAAUUAACAGUAAAAAACAAAUUUUUUUUCUAAAUUGGCUAUAAAGAAUAAAAUUAAAAAAUAAUGAAAUAAAUAGCAACAAUAAAAUAUAUA